AUGAAAGUGUACUGGUCUGUUCCGGCUAAUGAUGCCAUCAUGCGAUCUACUUUGAACGGAUCGGAUUUGGAGAUCUAUCGGAGCGGGCUGACGAAUCCAUAUGGAGUCGUGGUGGACAAGCCGACUGCGACGAUCUAUUGGUCUGCUCAGCAGGCGAUUCAACGUGCUUGGCUUCCAGAUGACAGCGGCGCUGUAGAGGACUGGGUCAAUGCGUCUGCAGGACUUCGAUCUCCCAUGGGCCUAGCGUUGGAUGAGAAGAAUCGAGUUCUCUACUGGGCGGAUCAGACCUUGGGAAAGAUUCAGCGAAAACCCCUUGACGGCGGGCCAAUAGAAGACGUGGCAGACAACAUCGAAGAGCCUAGCGGAGUUGCGGUGGAUGCGGAGGGUGGCCAGGUCUUCUUCCUGAGCUUUGAUUUAGGAAUUGUGUACGGCCGCGACAUCGACCUCUCAGACGACAAGUACGAGGUGGCCACCACGUAUUCUCCGUAUGGAAUUGUUGUGGAUGCGACCAAUGAGAAGCUGUACUGGUCGAGCCGAUCUGACAACGAGAUUCAGCGCUGGGACAUAGGCUUCCUUGGCCAAGCUCCCGAGACUUUCCUGUCUGGUUUGAACAAGCCAAUGGGGCUCACCAUCGAUGCUGAUGCCGGGAUGCUCUACUGGGUUUCCGAGGGCACCCAGAUGCUUCACCGCGCCGCCUUGGACGGUUCUGGAGGUGUCGAAGAUCUUGCGCCUGCUGCCGAGGGCUUGGCAGUUCCAUACUACUUGUCGGUAGGCUACUACGCCGAACUCGAGGUAGCUCCAAGCACAACCACAAGUACACGGUCUUCUGCGACCACCAGCUCAUCCACCAUGAGUGCCACAACAGGAACUGCUACAUCUUACACUGUCACAACGUCCACCGAUCCACACGCCACUAUCACCAGCACCACAUCGACAACUUUAGUUUCCAGCACCACCACGUCGAGAACCCAGACGCGCAGCAGAACAUCGACGGAAACAACAACUUAUACUACAAUUUCGUCAAGUACAACACUUUCAUCCACAGUCACCACGCUCUCCACUUCGACAACCACGACCACAAACACAGUGAGCACAAUUUCCUCGAGCACGGACACCACAGCCAGCUCAACCACUAGCUCACGGACUUCAGCAACAACCUCUACCUCAAGCACGACCCGCACGUCUGCAGAGCUGACGCUGACCAUCACCACAACCCUUUCCAAUACCAGGAGUACAAGCUACACAACUUCCACGACCACUUCUGUGACGAGUCUGUCCACCACGCCCCCAUCAACAAUCGCCGUCAACACAUCAACUUCCUCGACGACGCGGACCGAACGGACUUCGACCAUGCCUUCGAUCACCGCUACGACCACGUCCUCGAGUGCGUCCACAACCACGACUUCGAGAACCAGUGCGGGCACGAGCACAACAUCGAGUUCUUCGUCAAGCACAACAACUUCAAGCUCGAACGAGACUGGCUUCAUCCUGCCCUUGGCGCCGGUGUCGGCUUUGGAGGAGGACAGCUUCGUGACUGCCGCAGUCGUGGCAGUCACCUCUGGGGUGGUCUCCCUUUCUGUCUUCGUGGCAGGAGUUGUCAUCCUCAAAAAGCUCGGAAUGGUACAACCAAGUGCGCAGCUUGGUGCAAGCCUUUGCAAGCGGCUGGCACCAUCCGCCCUGAACGGGUUGGCCACGCGGAACUUUUUCCGCCGGUGGCGCAGACGAUCAACACUCGUGGAGGAGAUUCCGGGCAAGACAGAUUUGGGACAAGAUCCUUCCAAGGGCACAGAGGAUGAGCAGGCAGAGACACCGAGAAGCAAGGCCGACUCUGAUGUCAAGGAGGGCAGCCUCCGCAGCGUUGCAAAGAGGCCCAGCCACGGUGAGAUGCAGGUUCCAGAGACUCCUGUGGACAUAGAGGAGCCGCGUUGGUCCACUGAUGCUGGAGACGGCUUUCUUCAAUCCUUGCAGGAGAUCUUCAAGUCGUCGACAGCGAAGCAAAUCCCACAGAAGCUGGGGGAGCUCUUCGAGACCUGGCAUCGCAACGACUUCCUGCCCGGCAGCCCUGAGAUGAUGCCGGCAAGCGUCAUCGAGACUACCAAGGAGGUGCUGCUGAAUCCUCAUCUAGUGGGAAGUGAGGACCCCAGCCUGGCCGACCCUGAGCUCGCAAAGCUGCAGGCAGCCAUUGACGUGGCGUGGCAAAAACAUUGCAGAUCUGAGGAGACGCUGCCAGAGGCGGAGCGUGAUGUCGUCGCAUGGGCAAGCUCGGAACUGCUUCACGAUCUACGGCAAGUCCUUCAUGUUGGUAGCACCAUUCCCGACGCCGACGUUCUUCGGGAGCUGGCUCGUGUGCGGGCAGAUUGGCGCACUCGAUCUGUGGCACGUGCGCACUUUGCCCGAGAUGAGGCGGCGGCCACGGCCCUUCAGAGUAUAGAGAUGGCUGCCAGCAGUGUCAUCAUGCGAAAGAUCUAUUCUGCACGUCAUCCUACGGAGUCGCAGGGGGUGAAAGUCACUGCAUCGGAGGAGAAUCAGGCGAAUCUCCUAGAGCGCUUGGAGAAGCUUUCCGUGAACAGCAAGCAAAAAGGCAUUGAGAUGAAGCUUCGGACAGCAGGAGAUGAGCUCUUGGCAGAGCUGUCUCAGCUCUUUGAAACCCGAAGAGGUGUGCCGAUCUCUGAGGCUGCGGAGAUCGCGGCGCGAUGGCGCCAGCGCCAUGCAGCUGUGCACCCAUCUCGGCUAGAGGCCAUGUGGUCUGAAGCAGAAGGCAUCAUUGCGCAGGCAGCCUCCUCCAGGUCUUCGGACUUCGCAAAAUUCAGGGCAGCCAUCGAGGAGGCCUGGCAGAGGCAUCCAGCGAAAAGGAUGGAGGCUUACGGUGGCGACGACUUGCUGAAUGACUUGCAGAAGCUCUUCGACGACAGUUGGAGGCAUCCGGAUGCAGACCUGCGGCCGGAAAUUGCCAGAAUUUGCGAGAGCUGGAAGAGGAAACAGAUGGAGGCCAAGAACCUGUCCCUCGCCUCGGACGGAACGAAUGUCCUUGAGCAGUUGUCUGCAUCCCUCCAGCACGUGGUGAGCCAGAAGGGCAGCAGCGGACUGGACGGUGCCGUUCUGGGAACGGGUGAUUUCUCGCGGAUGCGACCGGCAAUCGAAGAGGCAUGGAGGCAGCAGUUGGAACGUGAAGGCAACACCCGCCAAUCUGCGACGCUGCCACCCGUGCAGCCCAGCGUGGCGCAGGCAUAUGGCGGCGACUUCUUGUUCAACGACGUGUUGAAUCUUUUCAAUGCCGGCUGGGAAUAUCAUCUGGACUCGGAAAGCACGAUAGAACUCGCACGGGUAUGUGAGAGCUGGAAGGCGAGCCAGUUGGAAGCACAGGGGCUCCCUGCUGGUUCUGAUGUGGCAGUCGUGCUGCAGAAGCUAUCCCAGUCGCUACAGGGUGUGGUGCAGCGGCACGGACCUUGCAAAGACGCCAAGGGCUUUGCAGAGCUGCGGCCUGAGAUCGAGGAUGUAUGGCAGCGCCAGCUUCGCUCUGUGUCCCGCCCUCGAAGUCUCGAACCAUCGGCCUUCGCUGUGGAAGAGGUGCAUGGCGGUGCCGAUCUGCUCGAUACGUUGGAGAGGCUGCUCACGGAUGGGCCUGGGCCAUCGAACUUGCGGCCCGAGCUGUCGUCUUUGUGCGAGCAAUGGCAAUCGAGGCAGCGGGAGGCUCUGAGUGCAGGGGUGGAGCAGCUGGCAAAAAGCGCCGUCUCAGCGAUCUCAGCGCCAGCGACCUCGGACUUCGGCUCCUUUCGAGCGGAGAUGGAGAGGCUUUGGAGCCGGGAGCUCCAAGCGCAGACUGUCCAGGCCUAUGGUGGAGAUUCCCUUCUGCAGGACAUGGAAAGGCUCUUCAAUGACGGCACGUGGACAGAGGCGGAGGUGGCAAAGGCGUGCGACACCUGGAAGGCGCGACAACGAGAUGCCCACAGAGUAAGCCUGAAGAAGCUAGCCAACUCCGUGGAGGUGGUCGUAGACAAGAACCUCAACGACCUGGGUGAGAGCGAUCAGCUGGACUUCAAUAUCCUGCGUCCCCAGAUAGAGGAAGCCUGGCGAAGUGCGGAGAGAGGUGGACGGGACAAAGCCAAUGCAAAGCUGGAGAAGCGUGCAAAGGCUCAGGUUUUGAAGGAUGGCGACGGACUUUUGCAGGAUCUUCAAGGGAUGUUUGAUGUAGCCUGGUCAAGGUGCUACGGGGAAGACCUCAGGCCUGAAUUCGAGAGCCGAUGUUCCAAAUGGGCGCACAGGACGCUCCGGGAACGUGGCCUUGGUAAAGACUCGGAGCUGGCACGGACUCUGCAAGGCUUCGUGGAUGCGACAAGGCAGGUGCUGGUGACCCAGGGCGCGGUCAUGCCUGCAGAUAUGGCUUUUCACGAGAAGCUGCAGUCGGAGAUCAAGGAUCUCUGGAAGCGACAGGUUCAUGGGGAACAGCCACGCAGCCGACCUGGAGUAAAGUUGGAUCGGCACAGCCGGAGUCAGGCGGUAGCAGACGGUGAACAGCUGCUGCGGGAGUUGGAGGAUCUCUUCAAGGGAAGUUGGGCCCGACCGGGCGCCAACUUGUUGAGUGACGUGUCGCAGAGCUGCGCCGACUGGAAGGCGCGACAGUUGGCUGCGAGAGGCGUGGGUGAGGACUCUGAACUGGCCGCCUGGUUACAGAAGUUGCUGGACUCGCUGCAGGGAGUCCUGCAGCUGGAGGGUGAGGCCUCGGGUUCUGAUUUCAUCCGCUUGCGACCUCAGAUACAGGGAGCUUGGCGACAGCACCUGGCUGAAGCAAACGGGCAGGACUCUUCCGCCUCACCCGAGAAGGCUCGACAUCGCGAGGACCGGAACCGGAGCCGCAGCCGACCUCGCUCAUCACCCGACCUUGCAAAGGCUGACCGAGCUCGAGAGGAGCUUCUGCAGAAACUCGAGGGGAUUCUACAAAACACAGACAGCGACGAGCGGAAGACGCUCGAGGUUCAAAGGCUGCUGCAACACUGGCAACGGUAUCAGGCAUCCGAGAACGUCGACGCGAUCACUGCCGAACUACUGCGCAGCCUGGCCGAUGCCGCAGAAAGCGCGGCGAAAAGCAGCCUGAAAGAGGUGGUUCCAGCUAUUCAGGACACUUGGCAACGUCGCAGUGCUCAGCUAUCCAAGGUGGUUGCUCCACCAAGCUCUGUUUCUGGCAAAGCCUGGCAUUCCUGGUGCCCGAAUGACAGGGCAGAGGUGGGCCGAAGAGGCGAAGAGCUGUUGAGCAACAUCAAGCGGCUCUUGACCAAAGGCGACUUCAAUGAAGAGCUCGAUCUCCUGCUCGACAGCUGGCAGAAUGCGGAUGGAGAGCCAUCCAUGGUGCUUCAGGACAUGGCCGAUGCUGCUCGCAACGUGUCGGUUUUGCUGGUUAACUCCGGCAACUGUGACUACUCCUUAGUGGAGGAGCGCGUGCAUGCGGCCUGGAGAGCAACGUUGGAGCAGGCAAGCACAAGCACCAGACCUGCAAAGUCUCGCGCUUCAUCGCGCCGUCGAAAGCUCAUGGACAGUGAUGCAGAGGAUCGACACUCCGAGGUCUCCAGUCAUCCGCCAGAUGAAAAGCCAAUGCAGCGAAGCAGGUCGCGACCGGGUCAGCGGACGGAUGGCCGGUCUGAACGACCAGGUGGAAAGGCGAGGAGCACCUCAAGGCAUGCAAAACCGCCUUCUGCGGACAUGGAUAUCUUGGACCGGCUAGAGGUCGAUGCCCUCCGCCCGAGCCACAGCAUGGAAGGUAAGCAGUUCACGCCAUAUUCCGGGGACGCGCUUAGCCGUGGGCCGAGUCUAGGCGCUUCGAGCCAUCAUGAGCUCGAUGCAGUGAGCAGAGACCACUCUAUCGGCAGCCAUGGCUACUCGGGAGACCUGGAAACAAGACGGAGCUGCUCGCCCCAGCGGCCUGUGGAUGUGAAGAAGUAUCGAAAGAGGGCUCCUUUGUCGAUGGCAGGUGCAAUAACUGUCAAGGAGACUCGUGACCGCUAA